CCCCAACUCUUUCUAACGGAUAAAAGGAGAGGAAGUGCCAGCUCGGAGGUUCAGAGGGACUCUUCUCUCUUUCAUUCUACUGAAAGCCUCCCUUGCCAUUUUUUUUAAAAGAUCUCACUGCUUUUCUCUAUAACUUUCUGAAUAUCUCAGCCUUGAUCCUAAACUAGCCAUGUCACAAUUAAGUUACAGUUCUCGCUCAUCUGCUGGGCCUGGUGGGUUUAGCCAGGUUCGAGUCAGCAGUGUAUCUUCAACCCGUGGAGUUGGAGGGGGCAGCAGUUUUAGGAAACCAGGAGGCUUCGGCAGCAGCAGCCUCUACAACAUGGGCUCUAGCAAGAGGAUUUCCAUGGGAGGUGGUGUUGGUGGUGGAGCCGGCUCCUUCAGUGUCCGGUCCUCAUACGGAUAUGGUGGAGGCCUUGGAAGUGCCUACGGUGGAGGGUAUGGUGGUCCGCUCCCAUCACCAGGGAUCCAAGAGGUUACCAUCAAUACGCAGCUCUUGUCCCCUCUCAAUCUGGCAAUUGACCCUACUAUCCAGAGAGUACGCAAGGAGGAGAAGGAGCAGAUCAAGACCCUCAACAACAAAUUUGCAUCCUUCAUUGACAAGGUCCGGUUCCUUGAGCAGCAAAACAAGAUGCUGGAGACCAAAUGGAGUCUCAUGCAGGAGCAGAAGACCACAAGGAGCAACAUGGUACCUCUCUUUGAGGGCUACAUCAAUAACCUGAGGAGACAGCUUGAUGUCCUGAUGAAUGACAAGGGACGUCUGGAGGGGGAGCUGAGGAACAUGCAGGAUCUGGUUGAGGAUUUCAAGAGCAAGUAUGAAGAUGAAAUCAACAAGCGCACAACUGCAGAGAAUGACUUUGUUGUGCUCAAAAAGGAUGUUGAUGCUUCCUACAUGAACAAAGUGGAACUGGAGUCCAAGGUGGAUGGGCUCACUGAUGAGAUUAACUUUAUGAGAGAACUCUAUGAAGCAGAACUGCGUGAACUGCAUAACCAAAUCUCCGAUACUUCUGUUGUCCUUCAAAUGGACAACAACCGAAACCUUGACCUGGAUAGCAUCAUUGCUGAAGUCAAAGCUCAAUACGAGGAUAUUGCUAACAAGAGCAGAGCGGAGGCUGAGGCUUUCUAUCAAACCAAGUAUGAGGCCCUGCAACUCACUGCUGGCAAGCAUGGGGAUGACCUGAGGUCCACCAAGACUGAGAUUUCAGAGCUUAACCGUACAAUCCAGAGGCUGCAGGCUGAGAUUGAAAAUGUGAAAAAUCAGCGUGGCAAACUGGAAACAGCCAUUGCUGAGGCAGAGGAACGUGGAGAGCUGGCUGUCAAAGAUGCCAGGGCCAAACUACAAGAGCUGGAGAAUGCCCUCAAUAAGGCAAAGCAAGAGAUGGCCCGCCAACUGCGAGAGUACCAGGAGCUCAUGAAUGUCAAGAUGUCUCUAGAUAUUGAGAUUGCCACCUACAGGAAGCUGCUGGAAGGAGAAGAGAGCCGGUUGGCUGGUGAUGGAGCUGGUUCUGUGAGCAUGACUGUCCUCAACACCACUGGUAGUUCUGCAUAUGGGAGUGGAGGUGGCGGCUAUGGCUAUGGAAUUGGCCUUGGGAGUGGAAUGGGCAGUCGAAACAUCGGCUUCUCCUCUGGUGGUGGCCAGGGCAACAUUAAAACGACAUACACCAUGUCCUCAAGCACAAGCCAGCGAAGCGUCAGAAACUAAGCUCCAGACAGCCAAGGUCAUCAAAGCCUGAAACAAAGAAGAUACCAGUCUCCCCCAUACUAUGAUAUCUACCCACAUCAAUAGCAGAAAAUGAAAGAAAAUACUAGGAAAUAAAAGGUGUUUUGUUGUCCCCCAACUACCAAAUUGCCUUCACAGUCCAGCAACAAAGCUUGAAAUGUCAGUGCUAUAUUCUGUGUGAACACAGCCCGAGAAGCCUAAAUUUUGGUGCUGAUUCCAUUCAGAUCAAGGGGAGCCCUACGGUUGGUUUCACUGACCAAAGGGCUAUCCUGGAUAGUGAAAUUCAAAGUCAGUGUUCCCUCAUCCUUUGCUUUUGAGAUGUGUUAGACUACAAUUCCCAUUUUCCACAGCACCGUAGAUGUUGUGAACAUUGACUGGUGGGCAUUGUAGUCUGACCUAUCUGGAAAGCACCAAAUUGCAAAAACCUGUUCUAAAAUAUCCAGGUAAAUUUCAUACUGUGUAUUUUUGAUGCAGAAAUAGCCUCUCCUUUAUCUCAUUUUCUCCUUUCUUUGUCUCAUGAGCCAUCUCAUUUUCCCUGGAAGAAAAACAAAUGUAGACAGAAAUAAAACUGGAGUUUUCCUCUCUCCAAAAAUA